UCAGCUCAGUGACAGAUGGCGAGUCCCUCUCCCCCAGGGGAAGCCAGUCUCUGUGAAUGCGGCCGCAUGUCAAUCACCGGCUCUCAUGUGAUGGCUCUUGCCAAUGACGUGCCAGCCAUAUGGGCCUGGCAUCAGAGCUGGUAUGUAACCCACCCAGUCCUGCCUCUGAGGUGCCACACUGAUCCCUCCACGCGUUUGGGCUGGGGAUAGCAGCAGCAGCAGCAGCAGACAGAGCAGGGCGGCAAGAGAGGAGAGAGAGGUGUGAGAGCAGAACGCAGCGCCUCGCCUGCAGAAGCAUCCGUGCAGGUCGUGUGGAUGUGAUGCCCACCCGGGGAGAGAUGGUGUAAACAACCCGCUUUGCCCCGUCACUGAGCUCCACCACGGAGGUUGCUUGCCACGAUGUUGAGCCGUCUGUUCAGCGAGGUCCUGCCGGACGUUCAGAGGCUCGCAGCUGAUUGGGUGGCUGACAAUGAGAACGACCAGUGCAAGGACAAGGACGGGGAGCACGAGCCUUGUCACCUCGAGGACGACGACGACGACGACGAGGACCUGGACGAGCCACUGGAAGGCAGCAGUCGGGCUGAGUCUGAGAUGGCCGGCGACGAUGAUGAGGACGAUGAGGCCGAGGAAGGGGAGUGCGACGGUGAGAACAGUGGAGACAAACCCAAGAAACGCGGCCCAAAGAAACGCAAAAUGACCGCGGCGCGCGUGGAGCGCUCCAAGGUGCGUCGAAUGAAGGCAAAUGCGCGGGAGCGCACGCGCAUGCACGACUUGAAUUCUGCGCUGGACAAUCUGCGCAAAGUGGUGCCAUGCUACUCCAAAACCCAAAAACUCUCCAAGAUAGAGACUCUGAGGCUCGCCAAGAAUUAUAUAUUAGCCCUCGGGGAGAUUUUACGCAAUGGGAAACGGCCAGAUGUGGUGGCUUACGUGCAGAUGUUGUGUAAAGGCCUGUCCCAGCCCACUACCAACCUAGUGGCGGGCUGUCUGCAGCUCAAUACCAGAAACUUCCUGACUGAACCGUGUUCAGAUGGAGCCCGCUUCCACAUGCCCAGCUCUCCUUUCUCCGUCCAUCCCUACUCCUACCGGUGUUCUCGCAUCUCCAGUCCUCAUUACCAGCCCGGAAGCAGUGCGCUUAACGUGCGGAGCCAUUCCUACGCACCUGGAUACGAGGCCGUGUACCCGCCGGGUGGGACGUCCCCUGACUAUAGCAGCCCGGACUACGAGGCCCCGCACAGCCCGCCAGUCUGCCUGAAUGGCGGAAUGUCCGGAAGACAACAGGAGCCUUCUGAGGCAGACAGGAACUAUCAUUACUCUAUGCAUUACUCCGGACUGACCACGUCUCGGCCCAGCCACAGCAUACCUUUUGGGCCCUCGGGAGCGCCGCGCAGUGGCGGCGCGCACUCGGAGAACAUUCCACCUUUCCACGACGUGCACUUGCACCAUGACAGGGCGCCGCCGUAUGAGGAUCUCAAUGCUUUUUUCCACAACUGAGCCCUUACAAUCGGACGCAUUGAUCUUAUAAUGACAAUCUUAUAACGUGUAAUAUUGGUUGGGAAAAUAGAGAAGCUUCUGAAAGGAUGAGAGAUGGAAGAAAAAGUCCUCUGAUUACCUUCUGUAUUUGAUGUCAUCCCUAUACUGUUGUACAUCCUAUCAGUGUGUCCAGUAAUAUCCUGUAUGCAGAAUGAUUGCAAUUGACAUAAAGAUGUAAAGGCCACAACAGAAAUAAAAACAUGGUUUCUAACUGUC